GCUAAAACAUGUAUAUAUGGCUGAACACCAGAGAACAUCUCUGUUGCUUUGAAUAAGUUCGUAAGAAAGUACCUUUAGGAAGGAAUGGUAGUCUUUGCCCAGUGCAGCAGAGGAAUCAUGGCUCCAGGACCGAACGGAACACAUGAAAACGCAGCAUCUGCACCUAAUGCCAUUGGUGGGCAGCAACCAGCGACAGAUGAUAGGAACAAAACACCGAGACAUCCACGAUGGACUCGACAGGAGACGAUGGUCCUGAUAGAAGGGAAGAAGAUUGUUGAGGAGAAAGGGCGAAUGGGUAGGAGAUCGACCGUUUUCGGGUCAGAUCAGCCUGAGCCCAAGUGGGAUGCCGUCUCAUCAUACUGCAGGCGACAUGGAGUCAGCAGAGGGCCGGUUCAGUGCCGCAAGCGGUGGAGCAAUCUUGUGAGCGACUUUAAGAAGAUAAAAGCAUGGGAGGUUCAGGUGGGAAGAGAAGGUGAAUCUUUCUGGAUGAUGAGAAGUGAUUUAAGGAGGGAGAGGAGACUUCCAGGUUUCUUUGACUGUGAUGUCUAUGAUGUCUUGAAUGGUAAAGGAUCCACAAAAGCUUCCUAUCAACUUGCAAUUGUGACAAGAAGUGUAGACGAAAACGCUGGUGACAGUAUAGAUGGUGUAGAGGUGGAAGAUGAUGACGAGAUGGUGGAAGAUGAGGAAGGUGGAGAAGGUUUGUUUUCCGAAUUUGAACAGGUGGGCCGGGAGGAAAUCAGGAGGAGUCCACAGAAGGAAAAAGUUCAGAAAGAUGGUCAAACAGACAGCAUUCCCUCUCCAGUGCCUAUUUCAGAGAUGAAAUAUCAGCCAUUUUACCAAGCAGAUCCAAAUCAAGGAAAGAAAAGACAGGAAGGUCCACAUUUCGGAGCUUCUGAGUUUCAGGAGGGGUUGAAGAGAAGAAGGCAGUCAUCAAAUGAUUGUCACAAUGUUGAUGUGGAAGACCUACUGAUCAAAGCUAUAGAGAGAAAUACUAAUCUACUAAAUGCACAGCUCGAAGAUCAGAAGUUGAAGUGUCAAGUGGAAAGAGAGCAGCAGAAGGAACAGCACAACAGUAUAAUUGCAUCUCUUUCCAAGAUAACUGAUGCUCUUGAAAAAAUUGCCAAUAAGUUGUAACUGCAAGUGACCAUAGAUCUGAAAAUUCCUUCUACUGCUCUUGAUGCAUUAAAUAGGGGAUAUUACAAAGUUUCUUCAUUGAGUUCUCAGUGUAGCUCCUGAGUUUCACCCUUUUACCAUUGAU